AUGGCGCUCAAGAACUUACUUGCCCUUGUGGUUCUUCUUGGCGUUGUUGGAGUUUCCAUUGCAAAGCCAUAUGAGAACCCACUUAGGAACCAAAAUGGACAUAGGAACCCACGGGCUGGUGGUAAUCUUGACCUUGACUACUACCGCUCCACCUGUCCACAGCUGGAAUCCGUUGUUCGCCGUGUCACAUUUCAAUACGUCUCUCGCAGGCCAACUCUUGCUGCUGCGCUUCUAAGGAUGUACUUUCAUGACUGCUUCGUCAGAGGAUGUGAUGGUUCCAUUCUUUUGAAAUCACCAUUCAACGAUGCGGAAAGAAACGCUAUCCCCAAUUUGUCAGUGAGAGGCUACGAAGUGGUCGAUGCUGCCAAGUCAUCUCUCGAGAGGAUUUGGGGUUGUCGUGGUGUUGUCUCUUGCGCUGAUAUUCUUGCCUUGGUCGCUAGAGACGCUGUUGCAGUGAUCGGAGGACCAUGGUGGCCUGUUCCAUUGGGGAGGAGGGAUGGACGCAUCUCGAAGCUUUCCGAGGUUAAUUUGCCAUCUCCUUUUGCCGACGUAAAGACACUGAAGAAGAACUUCGUGGACAAGGGUCUUAACACUAAAGACCUAGUCGUCCUCUCAGGAGCUCACACCAUUGGUAUAUCUUCUUGCGGUCUCAUCAACAACCGUAUCCAUAACUUCACGGGCAGAGGCGACUUUGACCCAGCGAUGAACCCUAGCUACGUUAGGGCAUUGAAGAAAAGAUGCAAGCCAACUACUCCCAGGACCCCAGUGGAUAUGGACCCAGGCAGUGCUAAAAAGUUUGACUCUCACUACUUCAACAUUGUGGCUCAGAAGAAGGGUUUGUUCACAUCUGAUGCAACACUUCUUGAUGACCUAGAAACCAACCUCUACAUUCAGGCCCAGGUCUUGACCCGUGGGGCUUCCUUCGCUAGAGAUUUCUCUGACUCAAUGGUCAAACUUGGUUUCGUCGAGAUUCUUACAGGGAAGCAAGGUGAGAUCAGGAGGAGAUGUGCUUUCGUUAACUAACUUUGGACCAAUGAUUGAAGUUGUAAGAUGUUUUCUGCUUAUUAUGUUCUUUAUUUUCUUCAUCAAGUCCUUUUCCCAAGGAAGUUCUUUGUGUUUGAAUUUCAAAAUGUGUAAUAAUGUAUUUCUUCCUUUCUUGAAUGUUAUCUACUGAGUAUUGUUUGAAUGAAAAUGUUGAU